GGGGCGGUAUGAGGGAAGAGGCCAACAUGCCCACCCAUCCCAGGUGGUCCGCCCUGCUCUCUCGGUACCUCCCUCAGGAAACAGUUUUUUGUUUUUUGUUUUUUUCGUGAAUGAGAAACUUGAGACAGCUUUUUCUAUUAUAUUUGCGGUGCGUGGUGCCUGAGUGGCCCUUAGCCAUGGUGCUGGUAUACUCCUGGGAACCUUCCUAAGUCCCUACACAGUUAUUACGUGCUCUACCGUGCGCCUAGCUCGCACACUGAACUUUAUUCUUAUAAAAAGUAGAUGGUGCCUUACUAUUUUGUUACCUGGGGUCUUGCAGCAAUUUACCUGCCUGCCUUCCUAACCCAUAAUUUUGUAUUGGCCUAAGAACUGUUAGCUCUUUUCUAGGCUCCCUGAAUUUCAUUCAGCUGACUGGUUGGUGUAUUUAUUUUCCCAACGAUCCGGAAGUUGUUUCUUGUUGGUGUCACUUUGCCUGGAGGCAAAUGUUUUAAGACAGAUGUCAGUUCUCAAUACGUCCUGCAGAUUCCCUCAGCACAGUGUCUCCUACCAGGAAGAGGAAGUCUCUGCAUAAAUGAGACUUUAGUGUAAAUCAUCCAGGCAUGUUUAGAGCCUGGAGACUAGCUACUGCCAAAGGAGCUUUGCCUCUUUCUUGGGACCCUGUCACAAGCUGAGUAUCCCGUCUGCACUGUGAGAGUGAGUCUUUCAAGAUGGACCUCAUCUUAGAUGUAAACAUUCAGAUUUACCCUGUAGACUUAGGUGACAAGUUCCGGUUGGUUAUAGCUAGUACUUUGUAUGAAGAUGGUACCUUGGAUGAUGGUGAAUACAACCCCACAGAUGACAGGCCUUCCAGGGCUGACCAGUUUGAGUAUGUAAUGUAUGGGAAAGUUUACAAGAUCGAAGGGGACGAGACAUCCACUGAAGCAGCCACACGUCUCUCCGCAUAUGUGUCCUAUGGUGGCCUGCUCAUGAGGCUGCAGGGGGAUGCCAACAACCUACAUGGAUUUGAGGUGGACUCCCGAGUUUAUCUGCUGAUGAAGAAGCUGGCGUUCUGAACUUUGUGAGAAAGCAGACUUGCCGCUUAGGCACUCAUGUCAUGGGCGUUGUUCAAGCCUGUGUAGAAGCUGUCUGUGUUCGCCUGUAAAAGGGACGGAGCUCUGUCCACUGUGGGUACAUCUUCAGUUUGUCUGAACUCAAGUGGGAAACUGACUUGUCUGUAAAAGGCUGUGUGGGAGAGCUCAGCAUGAACCUGAAGUUGUAUAUGAUUUUUUUAUUAAAGUUUACUUUUUCAGA